AUGGACUACCUUAUGGAUCGUUAUGUCUUCGACAACUUGCCCUUCGACGUGGGACCGGAGGCUCGCAAAGAGUGGGGACAACGAGCACUUCAUGCUAUUCAGUGGUUCGACUGGAUCUGCAAGUACCAAGAAGUCUCGAAAAUCUACGAAAACCACACAUCCUUCCUUUUCGGUGAAAUUCUCUUCUUUAUUCUUGCUGGACUCACAUUUGCUCACGCCUGGAGAUCGGGAACUCGUUUUGUACUUGUCUGGUUUGGAAUCCUUAUUCACGCACUGAAUGUUGAGAACCUUUGCUAUUGGAUCCCGGAUAUGGACAAUUUCUGGCAGGCUCAAGGAAUCCUUACCUUCUUCGGAGCACGUGCCCCACUUUACAUUCUCAUUGGAAUCUAUCAUAUGUUUGAUUACACCUCAUUUGUGCUCAUGAGCAGACUUCACUUGCCAUGGUGGGCUUAUGGGCCGGCUGUUGGACUUGGCGCCGUUAUGCUCGACAUGCCUUACGACAUCAUGGGGAUCAAAUUGGUUUGGUGGACUUGGCACGACACUGACCCGAACAUCUACGAUCGAAUGAACUGGGUCCCAUGGAAUUCCUACUACUUUCAUGCUUCGUUUGCCUGCUCCUUCACCUGGAUUCUGAUGUAUUCUAGAAGCAAACUGGUUGAGAAGGAAUACGAUUGGAGAAAACUUCCAAGAGAAAUUCUAUGUGUUCUGUUUGCUGGAAUGGGAGCAUUCUGGCUUGGGACUAUCCAAUUCGCUCUUCUCUACCAUCCAAUGCAUGACAUCUUCAAGGUUCAUUCCGAGUACACUACCAUCGCCUUCCUAUCCAUCUACGCGCUGAUUGUGAUUUUCGCGGAUCGCCAGAACAAGAAUUCCAGUGCACGGACUGGAAAUAAAUACUGGUUCGACGAGCUAGCUGCUGCCAUUGCUAUUGAGUAUCUGUUCUUCAUGAUUGCCGUUGUCAUCUCAGACCCAGUGAAUAUUGUUAGUGACGGACUUCACCAACCAAUCGGACCGUGCAAUGAGACUCAAAAAGUGCAAACACCAACAGGACUUGUGCUUCAGAAGAAGAAGUAUUUCUGUGUGGAUGACUAUGAUGAGAAGUACAUCGACUUCCAUUGUGUUCCAGGAGGUCCACCACAGCAGCCAGAGCCGGGUGUGCCUCUUGAAUGGUACGCCGUGUGUGGAACUGACUAUGAGAAUCGAGCCGAGUACAUUUUUCUCAUCUGGUUCAUCUGCAUUCUUUACGGAUGCAUCUGGUACCAAAUCGCCGCCAGGUCCGGUGUCACUCAAAAGGAUCCAGUCAAACAGUUCAAGAAACGAGUUAUUGGUGCCAAAAAAGAUACCGAAUCAAAGAAGACUAAAUAA